CGAUAGAGCUGUAUUCAUUCAGUAAAAAGAGCUGAGCAAAGCAGGCACAGCUGGACAAAAGUCAGCAGCGAAAAAGGCAGUAAAAUUUUUGCAAAGAAAACGUAUUUUGAGUUUACAAAACAAAUAGCGUUAUAAUGAGCACAGGUGGCACCGGCGGCGGUGCUGGCGGCGGUGCACGUCCACCACCCAGAAUCGAUGGCAUGGUCUCGCUAAAGGUCGACAAUCUCACAUAUCGCACCACACCCGAGGAUUUGCGUCGCGUCUUCGAGCGCUGCGGCGAGGUUGGCGAUAUUUACAUACCACGCGAUCGUUACACACGUGAAAGUCGCGGAUUUGCUUUCGUGCGUUUCUAUGACAAGCGCGACGCCGAGGACGCACUGGAGGCCAUGGACGGACGCAUGCUGGACGGCAGGGAGCUGCGCGUGCAAAUGGCGCGCUACGGCCGUCCCUCGUCGCCGACGCGCCGCAACAGCAGCAGCAGUCGUCGCGGCGCCGGACUCGGCGCUGGCGCCGGGGGUGGCGGUGGGGGACGUCGACGUUCGCGCUCCCGUUCGCCGAUGCGUCGCCGUUCGCGCAGUCCGCGCCGUCGCUCCUAUACGCCGCGCUCACGUUCCCGCUCCGCGGGCAGCCGUUCGCCGGCACGCCGCAGCAAGUUCUCGCGCAGUCCCAUCCGCGGCGACAGUCGCAACGGCGUCGCCAGCGGCGCCCUGGCCGGCGCAUCACGCAGUCGCAGUCGUUCCUAAAGACGCCGGCUCGCUUCAGACGUUCCAUACUCGUGGGGGUGCGAUAAGCCUUGAAUUUGACUCGUGGACAAGGGUUUCCGGGCAGGUGCCCAACUGGGCUACCUGAAACAACUUCUCAUGCUGUGUACCAGAACAGCAGGUAUACAAAAAACAAAACAAAAACAAAACAAAACACAAAAACCGUUUUACACCAACACAUAUAUACACAGAAUAUUUAUAGUAUACACUAUUUUUUAAGUUGAAGAAGAAAACAAACAAAAAAAAAAAAAAAACAAAAAAGAAAAACAAACCGAGCAUAGUUCAGUUUUGAGGUGAAGUUUUUUUUUUUUUUUUUUUUUUUUUACCUUGUUUCUGUUUGUUUUGUUGCGCAUUCGUUUCUUCAGUUGAAUUGUCGUCUGCUCAGACGAUCGGAAUAUAUAGGAACAGCAGGAUAGGGUAUCUAGGAGUCGAUGCAGCAUUUAAAUUUCGGGCGCCAUUUUAUCAAUUUGUGUAGCGCACACACACACCCACACACACACUUCAAAAUAAAACUCAAAAUUGAAUAACACGAAUAUCGAAGAGAAAAUCCAUUUUGUGAUGAGGACAAACCAAAAAAAAAAAAAAAAAAAAAAAACCCCCAACUAGCUGAUAUUUAACCGUUAACAUUUGCAAUUACCUUUUGUGUUGCUCGUUUCUGUUUCGUUUCGUUUCGUUUCUAACUGUUUCAAUCACGAUAUAAACUUUAUUAACAAGCUUUCCAACCA